AAAUAGAUGUAGCAACAAGGUAAAAUGCACACUCAAUACGACAUCGUUCGUAUGUCCCGUGUCCUCCACAAUUACACUUUCUAGUUCUCUCUUUCUCACCUCACCUCCAACAACAGAAUCAUCAUUUCAAAGCUCGUUGAGUUGAAUCGGAAAUGGCGCAAGCGAUUCGAAACGCGAAAGUACCACCAAACUCAGUGAAUCUCUCUGAAGCGCGUCAACGAGUUUUCGAAUUCUUCAGAAGCGCUUGUAGAUCUUUACCUACCGUCAUGGAGGUUUACAAUCUUUACGACGUCGCUACCGUUUCUCAGCUUCGUUCUACCAUCGCCGCUGAGAUCCGCAAAAAUGACCAUAUCACCAAUCCCAAGGUCAUUGAUAUGCUGCUUUUCAAGGGGUUAGAAGAGCUGAAGAAUGUUGUGAACCAUUCAAAGCAGAGGCACCAUAUCGUCGGGCAGUACGUAGUCGGCCGUCGUGGACUAGAGCAGCAAGAGUUGGCCGCGAAAGAGCAGGGCAUCUCUAAUUUUCUGAAGAAUUUCUACGACACCAAUUACUCUUGAAGUUUGACCAUGAGCUGUGUUCUCUGUUUCCUCAAAUAAAGAAUUAUCCUAAUUGUUAUGUAUGUCAAUACAGGAUGAAGUUAAUAUUGUUGGUUUCAGAUCAAACUGUUACUUUAUUAUUCCUGGCUUAAUUUGAGAAAGUGAUGUUUUGCUUAUUCUUACGGUCAUUUGCAUACUGUAGAAAAAGAAUUUCGCAUUUUGAAUGAAGGCAUAAAGUCUUUUCGGUAUGCAGGUACUAUUUUGUUUUA